UUUAGCGGGCAAGUCAUAGAUAUUUUUCUUCAACAAAACUUAAAUAAAGAAAAGAAAAAGGAUUAUCAGUUUUUAGUACGUUUAUUCUUUACACACAAAGUUGUAGAGGAUCUGUUGUUUUGAAGUGGAUUAUUAUCUGUUUUCUGGAAAUCUAAUUUUAAAGUGAGAUAUUUCUGUUUAUGAAAAAUGGGUGAAGCAGUGAUGAUGAGUGAAGGAGGAGGAGAUGGUCAGUGUUUGAAGAAAAUGGUGCUUAGAGUUUUAUUGGUAGAAGCUGAUGAUGCUACUCGUCAAAUUAUUGCUGCUCUUCUUCGUAAAUGUAGUUACAGAGUUGCUGCUGUUCCCGACGGUUUGAAGGCAUGGGAUAUACUAAAGGAAAGGCCACAUAACAUAGACCUUGUAUUGACUGAGGUUGAGCUGCCGUCAAUAUCAGGAUAUGCACUGCUUACUUUAAUCGUGGAGCAUGAUAUGUGCAAAAACAUACCUGUUAUAAUGAUGUCGUCCAAGGAUUCCAUUAGCACGGUCUUGAAAUGCAUGGUUAAAGGAGCUUCCGACUUUCUUAUGAAGCCUGUUAGGAAAAAUGAGCUGAGGAACCUGUGGCAGCAUGUUUGGAGAAGAAAAACCCAAAGUGCUGGAAGCCGUCCUCAAAAUAAAAUUGUUGAAAACCAGAAAGUAGCUGUGUCUGAGAACGAAGCAGCAAGUAAUUAUUCUAGCGACAAUCUGGCUUCUAUUCAAAGAGGAAAUGACAAAUCUAGUGAUGCACAAGGCAUUAAGGAUAUUAGAUGUAGAGAUGCUUCAAAUAUGUGCGAUGAUGAAUGUCAUGAAGAAUGUGUUGAAGUGGUUGAGAGAUCAUUUAUGCCGAAAAGUAAACCAUUAGAAAACAUGACUAGCUCGGGAAUAGGAACUUCUUCUUGCACUGGACCUUACAGCUCAGGUGCUAUUAGUUCAGAGGAAGGCUCUCUUUGUGAAAAUGCUUGUGCUGAUGAUGAAGUUGAUUGCCGGUUGAAUGAACUCUAUUCUGCACCUUGUACUGAAGCAGUUGACUUGAUUGGGAAAUUUGAAAAUUGCUUGGCUGAUAACAGCCAUUCUGAUGAAAGAAAACAGAAAUCAAAUGUCGCUUCCCGGUUGGGACUUUCUUUGAGAACAUUUAAUCCCAGUUGCUCAAACGAUGACGGGUCCAGAGAGCAGAACAUGAUAAGUCAUUCAAAAGUAUCCGCCUUUGCUAAAUAUGAAAAUAAGAAGACAAUACAAUAUCUUUUCUCUGGAUUGACUAGCAAUUCUGGUCCAUUCAAGGAAGGCUCUAGUGCCUCUACUUUGGAGCAUGAUGCUUCAUUGACCGAGAGUGAGCAAAACGCAACAGCUCUGGUUAUGCGCCAACCAGGAAAUUGUAAAGCUGCAAUAUCGUCGGACAACCAACUACGCUUUAUUCCAGUAGAAUCAGAUUAUCAACAAGUACAGAGUCCUAAAUCACAAUCUCCACUUCCAACAAGUUCUUUGACUUAUUCAUCUUCCGAAGUACAAAAUCUUGAGCACGACAAGCAGCCAUUUGAUGAUACUACAGUUCACUCUGAGGACAAUGCGGAAGCAGCAGGUAACCAGAAGUUAGUAGCUGAGAAAGAAAGAAAUGAUUCUGCAAUUUGUGGAUCUAGUGAUUUGGGAAGUGGCUUAACAAAUAAGCACAGUAGCUCUCGUUGCGGAAGUACUUCCAAUGAAGCUAUAGAAAGUUCCCCAGCAGUUGCAAGUUCGGGGACAGAUCCUGUUUCUGAGAGUGUGAACUACAAUGACAACCUUCCUCAUGAUAGGACAAGAGCAGAGAAUCAUAACACCAGUCAAAGGGAAGCGGCACUCGUGAAGUUUCGGUUAAAAAGGAAAGAUAGAUGCUUUGAGAAAAAGGUUCGAUACCAAAGCAGGAAAAGACUUGCAGAGCAGAGACCUCGAGUGAAAGGACAGUUUGUUCGUCAGCUGCAAAACGAAAAUUAGUCUUGCAUAGCCAUUCUCACUAAUGUCUUAGGCAAAUGUAGCAUAGCCAUGCAGAUACAGGUUUGUAGUAUUGUGUGUGUAUGUCCUUGUAAGCUUGGGAAUUAAGGGAUUGACAAUAGUGCAACUCAAGAUGUUGAACUUUUGUGUGUAGUUCUUGGGUUUAUAUACUUAGUAGGAUGAAAUUUGUUUUGCAUUUAGGAGAAAUUGUUGUUUGGUAAACUCUUGGAAGUAUUUGUAGUUUGUUAUUCCUAUAGUUCCGUUUUGUUUGACGCCAUUGACUGCGCUGGGAACUUAAGUAUUCAUUGACUUGUGUAUUAUGUAAAUAGUUUGCAGCAGAAAAAUAUUAAAGGACAAUUAUUUCAUAACUCCUACGACA